AAUUGGGGGAAAUGAAGGGUUUGGGGUUUAAGGUCUAACUAAAAUUGCUCCACCAAAUUGAACCACCACUUCAGAACCUCGUCGUCAAUGGAGUCACUACUUGAGCUGCAGGAGACGAAUUCAAACCUCGCCGAAAACCAGAAGCUGGUUCCAUGGUUGAAUUGGGAAGAAUGGGAUUUCGUCAGACUCUCUCUAUUUUCCUCUUCACCUCAAUCCAUCGCCAAAGCUCUUCGUAGAAUUGCGGCUUGGCGAUGCCGAGGGUGUUUACCAGUUGUGAUUGAAGUUUCGGCUUCGAUUGUUGAAAUUCAGCAAAAAGAUCAUCACUUCAGUGAGGGGUUUAGUAAUGGAGCUUCUGAAUCAGAGGAAGUGUUGGCUAUGCUUUACACUAUGGCUAUUAUGAGGCUUGUGAAUGCUGUUAUUGAAAAGACACGUAAGAAAGAAGAGAUGUCAAUAGCUGAAGCAGCUGCAAAAAUCAACAUGCCGCACAUGCUGAUUGAUAUUCGUCAUGAGGGUUCACACCGGGAGCUUCCUUCUCUUCGGCUGCUUCGUUCAGCCUCUAUUAAGGCACUGAAUUGGUUAAAAUCUUACUAUUGGGAUUCUCAGAAGAACGCAAUUCCUUACCAAAGUGGCGAAAGUGUUAAUGUCAGGAAGGAAAUCAGGUCUAAAUUACGUGAACUGGCAUUCAGUUUGAAAGUCAAGCAAAACCCUGAGUCAAGUUCUUUACGAGUCAAGGGGAACCGUGUUAAACAUCAUGAACAAAUGGUAGGUGCUAUUAUUCAUGGGCGCAAUAAGUUUUUGUCUGUUGUGGCUAGCAAAGCCCAAUCUUCUAAAUAUGUAGGAUCUAAGAAACAGAUAACGAGGACUAUGAAAAACCUUGUUCGAUUAUAUUCUUUCUUCUCGUCAGAUGUGGUCUCUGUGUUGCUGGAAUUCUUACUCGAUUCAUCGUACUCAUUAGACUUGGUGAAUUCUCCUGAAAACAUUCAGAUAAAUUUGAGCUUAGAUGUUGCACAGGCUGUAUUUGAUGAAUGGAAGCCUGUGAUAAGUAAGGUCUGCAAAAAGGAACCAGAACUACUUCUGAGCUUAUUAAAAGCAGUUCUUGACAUGAUUGAGUCUCGAAAAAUCAUUAGAGAAGAUUCCGGCCAUAAACAUUUCAGCAUAUUGCAAUAUGACCCAGAGAUGCAACAAAUGGGAGUUCUUUCUUCACUUUUUAAGUGGCUGGUGCUAGUUCUCAAAGGUCUAAAACUAACUCAACAUGAACCUCAAGAAAACACAACAGAUACCACAGUCUGUGUUCCUAAAACAACCCUGAUUGAACUUGUGAGGAGAUGUUUCCACAUCUCUGAUCCUGAAAAUCAAGACAUUCUAGAUUCAGCCAUGCUGCUAGCAGAAAUGGUUCGUGAUCGAUGUCUGAGUGAGAAGCUCGGCAAAUUAUCUUCCCUCACUAAAAAACUUCACCCAAGACUUGUUGCAGAUGUUGCUUCAGGUGUCAACACCAUUGAUGUUAUUACUCAAGAGGGGUAUAUCCGUCAAGCUGCAGAGAAGUUGGAAUUAGUUAAACGCCGUAAAAUCAGCAAUUCAGAUGUUUCAACCACUCAGGAUGAUGAUGGUGUUAUGGAAGGUUCAAGUAUUUGGACCGUUGCUAAAUCAUGGAACCCGUGCCCUAUAGGGAUGUUACCUCGGGCCGUGGGAUCAUCGGGUUGUCUACCCGUUCUUGACCGGGCCACUGAUUGUGAUACUGAGAAACAUCUUGAAUUAAGGCAAUCUAGUAGUAAAACAGAAGCUGCCUGUGAUUUGGAGACAACAAAAGAAUUCAGGGUUGGCAAAGAGUUACAGAAUUCUGAAUUGGUAUUUCAUGGGAUUGACAAUUCAAAAACUGUUCCAUCAUUUGAUGGGAUUGAAGGUUUCCUUUUAAUUGGCGGGGAUUGGCAAAGAGUGGGAUAUCAAGAUAUUCAAGAGAUCAAAUCCCACAUUGGUAUUUUGGUGACUAAUAGAAAGAGUUGAAGAAUGGACUACCCAAUCAUUCAUAUCCAAUCUUGCUUGGCAGCCAUGGAAAUCUAGUACAGCAGUACUGCAGAACUGCACUGUACUGCAUGAUAGUAUGAUAUGGUACAAAAGUUCAAGGAGUUGUACAGAGUCAUCUCUCAGUUUGUUGUACUAUCAAAUGAUGAUUUUGUACUAACUUGGGAAAGUUGUACAACUGAUCUUUUAGUUUGUACUACUACUUAUGUCCCUGUCUGUAUCUUAUACUCCAUCUGUUUCUUUUUGUUCUUUACGUUUUUUCGUUUUUGGGUGUCCUAUUUUAAUCUUUACGUUUGGAGCGAAACCCCUUUGUUCAAAGAUUAAUUUGUACAACAUGGAAAAAGUUGUACAUUUUUUUUUUUUUUUUUUUGAAAAGGAAAGGUAUACAGAAGUUAGUAUUCUCUCAAGACUAUAUCUCAACUUAUCUAAGGAAAUAAAAUAAGAAAAUGUAUUGUCUAUGAAAAAAAAAACCAAUAUCUAGGUGACUUGUAAUGUGAUGACCAAUGGGUGCUACGUAAUCAACAACACGAUUAGCUUCUCGAUAUACAUGUCUUGAAUUAUGGUUGUUGAAACUAAAGAGCAGUUGUUUCAUGUCGUCCAUAAGCAGCUGUAUUUUCCAUGGACAACGAGCUAUUUGUUGCAAAAUCUGAAUUAUAAGUAAAUUAUCUCCCUCAAUGAAAAUAUGUUGUAUAUUGUUUUCCAUUGCCAUUAAUAAGCACCCUAAAUAGAAUUCAGCACUACCCACAAUUAAGUAGUAAUAUGCAACCUAAUAUUAUAAUUUGCUCUGUUCUUUAACUUUGAUUCUCAUCUGGAGAUUCCGGCACCUGGUCUCGAAAGUUCCGAAAAUUUCCGACAGUCACAUAAGCAGUUUGAAACCAACAAAACUGGUUAGAUGGUCAUUUAAAUGCUCGGAAUGACAUUGAUUCAACAACAUACUUUUUAUGAGAAAAAUUGACUAAUAUAUCAUUUAAAGUCGAAUUAGAUGGCUUUAACCAUCAGAUAUACCUCUCGGGGUCCCAUAAGGUAUAUGUGAAACGUUUGGACCACUAACUAUACGAGUUCCGAAUUAUUAAACGCUUUUACGAUAUCUAUAAUUUUAUUGUAGACUGUCAUAGCCUCCAUGAGCCAAUGAUAUGAUUUACCAUCUUGACUAAGGUGCAUAUUUAGAUAAAAACCAAAAAAGUGAUGUUUUUUUUAUUAAACUUUAAUUAAUUAUAGCCAUUACUAUGAUUUAUGAAGAUCAAAGGUGUUGGUCAAUUUAAGCAAGUUUCCAAAAAGAAAAAUAGGAAAGUAUAAGAGUGAAGCGAAAGUAACUCAAAUAAUAAUGAAUACACUUUAAUUUACACGCAAACAACCCCAAUUUAUUUUAUUUAUUUUAAAUAUUUAUAAUUCUUUAAAUUAAGAAAUUGACCCAAGUUCCUUGGGGCCCACUCUUACGUGAUUCUUUUCUUCAAAAUCUGGCUCCAAAUUAAUUCAACCUCCAUAACUAAAAUAAAAAUAAAAAAAUAAAAAAAUUACUCCAUAAUAAAUUAAAUAAAUAACCAGCAUUUCCCUCAAAAGAUAAAUAAAUAACCAGUAUAAAAAAAUUUAAUAGACUCCCAAGUAAAUAAUAUAACCAAUGAAAAUAAAUACAAAUAAAAUAAACUCCAAAAGUCCCAAUUAAAUUUUUUAAAAAAAAAAAAACAAAAAAACUCCCAAAAUCCCAAGCAAAUAAAAAUAAAAUAAAUAACCAAUACAAAAUUAAAUUAAAUUAAAUUAAAUUAAAUUAAAUUAAAUUAAAUUAAAUUAAAUAAAAUAAAAUAAACUCCCAAGUAAAUGAAAUAAUAAAAUAAAAUAAAUAUUUAAUAAAUGGUAUAAAUCCAAAAAUCCCAUGACACAAAUAAAAGCUUUCUUCUUCCUCUGUGGUCUAACCCUUCUCCCCCCACAAUCGUAACUGGUGAGCAAAAUUUCACCCAAUUUACUAAUUGUCUUUCGAUUACUAUCAAAUUAUAACACAAAACCCAGAAAUUUGAGCGUAUUUUCAAUUGAUUUCUUGGUGCAAUUUGGUUGAUCGUUUAGUGGGUUAAAUUAUAAACAAAGGGUUUUUGUUUGAUGGUUGGUAAUUUUUCAGGUUUAGAAAUUUUUUUGGUGGGAGAUCUGAUGUUCGCGCUAAUUAAUAGUUUCGACUCACAAGAUCAUGAUGGCCCUAGAUAAUCGAG